UGAUGUAACUGUUUUCUCUUUGAAAUUACAAACUCCAGUUUGUGGACAAAGUCCUGUCUACUUCAGUAUAUGGAUCUCCGACCACUGACCAAACUCCAAAUGAAACAACAGCCUAUUUAUACUUCCAAGACUCACUGUAAUGCUUAUUCUCAGCCUGUACUAUAGGUGAACUUUGAUGAGCAGAGAAACUGCUACUUGCUAAACCACCUUUUGAAGACUCGGAUCUAAUGCACCUGAUCGAAGUAUUGGUGGAAAUAAAUAUAUAGGACUGGGAAACAGUUCCCGGCUCUUCAUAUAACAGUAAGCUGCCUCAAACUCAAGAAAAGGAACUGAGUGAUCAAAGGAAAGUAGCUGUUCUCGAAGCUGGUGGAGUGGGACUUGGGCUGCAGUCUCUCCUGCCCGAUGGUAGCUGCAAAAAUAUGGCAUGGCCUAAAUGAUACAGCCUGACUUGCCGAGUAAACCCAGCACUGUCUAGCAGUGUUACCGUAAACGCAUUUCCCUUUAAGAGGGCGGAUCCUGUGGCUUCGCCUCCGGAGAAUAGGCCAAUGGAGUUGGAAGGUGUGGCCGGAAGGGGUGGGAGUUGAUGAAGAUGUCGCUGGAUGGUUGUGUCCGAUUCCUGCUCCGUUUUCACCAGUCAUGGCUGUGCCGGUAUCCGGCUUUUCAGCUCGCUGCCAUCACUUUGGGGGGCUCGAUUCUCAAAGACACGCUGGUCUUGCCUGAGUCUUACUUUUCCAAUCGACGCAACGCGCUCAACGUGUACUUUGUCAAACUGUCAUGGGGUUGGACCGUGUGCCUGCUUCUUCCUUUUAUUUUCAUCUCAAACUACUUUGUCCAAAGAGAUGUUCUGUUUGCAUUACGGCGCAUAACUUCAUGUGUGGUAGGCACUGUUGUUUGGUUUCUCAGCACAAGGACCUUUCACGUUGUUGAAAAUUUCACAGGAAAAUGCUUUGAAUCCCAAAAUAUGACUGUUCUACAGGAGUUUGAAAAUAGGCGUGCUUGCAGCAAACAAGGGCAUUUAUGGAUUGGCUUUGACAUCUCUGGGCACUCCUUCUUGUUGUCAUACUGUGUAUUGAUGAUGAUAGAAGAAACAGCAAUCAUGAAUGAACUUCACAAAGUGGAACAGAAGCCCGGAAAGGCUAUUUCCACCAUCAUUAAGUCACUCUUUAUUGCUUUAAAUGCAUUGUGUCUGUUGUGGAUUUGGAUGUUCUUCUGUACGGCAAUAUAUUUUCAUGAUCUACCUCAAAAGAUUAUUGGAACCACUUUUGGACUUUCUGCCUGGCUUUUAACAUACAGGUUUUGGUAUAAGAAAUGGUUUUCUCCUGGAAGGCCUCCAGAAAUUGGGACCAAAAAUGAGUAAUUAGAAUUAAAUUUGUAUUAGGAUUAUAAUUGGUUUAAUAUGCUAAUAAUAAAAUAUAUUCAAACAGUCAGUAUUCUCCAUACAUGUACUUUAAGUUGUUAAUGACCAGUAUGAGAGCAGACAUCGGGAUAAAUAUGGAAUGCCAGUAGAAAAAGUGUAACUAAAAUUGCCUUCCACGUAAGAAAACUAAUAAUUAAUAAACCAAAUAUGAGUUUAAAAAUUGGAUGUGGGGCAGAUUGAAUUUCAUAAGUGUUUGAAAAUAGAGUCUGACGUUAAAAACUAAAAUCUAUCAGCAUGAGUUUGAUUGCUGGGCCAGAUAUUCUAAAGGAAAAUAUUUUGAUGUUUUAUCUGCAGUUCUCAAUAUAUCUGCAUAUGUUAAUCCAGUUGUAUGAUUAGAGGAAUUCUGCUUCCUCUUGCACGAGAUGCUGGUUUGUACUGCGCCUCUUGGUUAGAUUGUUAGGGUAACAUGCACAAAAUUAUAUCUUUCUGAUUUGCACGGAGUUCAUUCUGCUAAGCUUUCAAUAAAAUUGCUUUUCUUGAUUUAAAAUCAUCUAUCAUUUUUAUAAAUAUUCAUCUUAAGUAAAUAUUAACCUUAAAUAUUUAUUUUAAAAAAUGGUCCAAUAAGUUGAUUUUAAAAAAUUCAGGGACAUGUGUAUUAAGUCAUUAAAAUGUGUAUUUUUUUCAGUACUUUAUAUGUAUUAAAUGCAGAAUUCUGUAUAAAAUUUAACAAUCUACACCAAAUUAUGUGAUAGAAAAAUUGCAAGUGCAUUCUUUAUUUGGUUACUGCAUGGCCUCUUGAAAUUUAAAGGUUAAGUUCCAAAAAUUGAAUUAAGGAUGCUGCUUUACUGAAGCUAAAAUAAUGUUUAACAUCUUACUCCUAACACUAAAUGGUGCAGGAGGGGGCCAUUUCGUGCAUCAACAUUGCCAGGCCCCAGAGGAGGAAUUUUAUUAGUCUCGUAUGCCUAUAAUUUGUUAUUUCUCUCACGUACUAAGAGUUUGUUAACAAUUAAUUAACUGCCAGCACAUGUGGAAGGAAACCAAUGUAGUCACAGCGAGAAGAUGCAAACUCUCUACAGGGAGUAUUGGAGGUGAGGAUUGAACUUGAAUUCCUGGAAUUGUCAGCUAUCAGGAUUAACUUUUACAACACCAUUUCAACAUUGUUGUAAACCACUUGGUGCAAUACUGUUAUGGAAAUUGUACCUUCUGAAGAAGUUGUCAUUUAUUUUUGGACAACUCCCAUAGCAAAUUUGCAUUCCAAUGUCUGAUGGUGCUCAAAAGUUAUCGUUAUACUUAAGGUUAAUAUUUAUAAAUGGUAAAUCUAUGUAAAAAUACUGGCCUAGAAUUUCCUUGGAGCAGUGAGCUGGGUGCUAAACCUAUCCUUGAGAAAAUUCUCCACCAAGAAUUUCCUUUUUGAAGUUGUAUUUGAUCUGAUUAGUGCAGCUGUGGAAACUACAAUGCCUUCCAGUAAGUAAUCUCACAACUUCAGGAUGAACUGUCAGUUAAAUCUGUUACGGAAAUAUUCAAACACUAUUUAAAAAUUAAGCACUAUACUAUUUUUUAAAGAGUUUGGAAAUAUGGAUUUAAACACUCAAGUUUGUUAAACACGCAACUCAAAGCAAAAUCUGUCCCUUCCACACAGUUGGUAUCUGAUCAUUGGCUGAUAGGUUGCUCCGGGCUUGAGUUCAGUGAUCGUACAUUUCACCGUCACUGCUGGGAAACUGCUCAAGAGUUGGUGCCUGAUGACUGAACUACACGAGGAGUUGUUGUUAGAAUGCAAUUGGAUGAUGGUAGUCACCUGCAUUUGUGUAUCAGUACCUGUGAGUCCUGAACUUCAUGACAGUCAACUAGGGAAAUUGCUGAAGUUUCUUGCAAAGUUGCUGUGCUUUCAAAGGAAGGUGUAGGUGUAGGUCCUUUUUUAAUGAUAUGCUGAAAGCAAAUUCAGGAAGGUACAUCUAUACAAUAUACGGUGCAUAUAAUAGUUUAUAUAAAAGAUUGUAUGUUUUCGGUUGUAUUGGAAUUAUGUUUUAAGAUGAAAAUGCAAUAUUACCAUUUUCUCACUUUUAACUGUUUUUCUAUUAGUUAUACAAAUAGCUUGGUUUUGUACUAGUGUUUAUUUAAUUUGUUUUUCUGUCAUUGCUUUGAAUGAAAUGUAAGUUCUUUUAUUGAGAUGUACACUGAUCCUGUUGUCAAAAGUUGGAAAGAUGGUGCUGUUUCAGCCAUAUAUUAAACUCAAGCAUAUAAAGUGAAAUGAAGUGAGUAUAAUUGUAUGACAAUUUAACAUAGCUUUUUACUAUGUGAACAAUAUUUAAAAUCUUAAUUUUUUUUAAGUGAAACUGGCUGAAAUGUAACAUUUAUGUCAUGUCCUGUUUAGACUACUUAUUAUAUCCAGAGAAAGUCUUUGACCCAUCAGUGUGCAAUAGAAAACACAUGAUAAGCAACAUGUAAUUGUAAUAGCUUUGUACGUUCAGCUUACAAUUUCUAAAUAUAAUUAAAUUUUUAAAUUAUA